UCGAAAGGAUAUAUUGCAAGGGAUGGCCAUCUGCUACAAACUCUGUUUAUGCGAGUUCUGGGACGCUCAAAAAGAUAUCUUAGCUUUCCGGUGUCAUCGAUUUAUAUAAUAUGAGCACAUUUAAAGCAGGAGAGACAGCUUAGACUUUACAACAGCCUUGGAUUUUGGAUAGCUGUUGUGUACAGUAAGGGGCGACCCAAGGGGUCUAGUCAAAAGUUACUUCGGCUUUUGCUCUCAGCCCUUCCUGACUAGCUACUGAUUUGAGGGAAGCUAGUUGUCCUAGCUUUCACUGUGAUAAGUUUUGAGGAUGAGGAGAUCAAAAGGACGGACCGAUUCUCCUGAUAUUAGUGCAGCUAAUCACAAUGCAGAGUUGGGUGAAGCGACGGCUUUGCCCACUGCAGAUGAGAGCGUGUCUUCGUCAAGCAAAAGGCACGAGACAGAAAAUAUAAAGAAACAAGUCACAAUAACAGUUCAACCUGGCGUCAAACCCAAGCCAACGGUCAAGAAAAAGCGGUCCACGCCGUCUGCAGAUUUGGAUAUUCAUAAAGAAAUCCAGAAAUGCCGUGAAGAGGGUUCAACUCGACUAGAUUUGAGCAAAUCUGGGGUUACAGUUUUGCCAAAAGAGUUGAAAGAGCUAACGAAUCUGAAAGAGUUGUAUCUUUAUGGCAAUCGAAUUGCAUCUUUGCCAUCUGAAGUCGGCUUGUUGACUCAUUUGGAAACACUUGCUUUGAGUGAAAACAACUUAGUGAAUUUGCCAGAUAACUUAGUAAAACUUACCAAGUUAAAACUCCUUGAUUUAAGACAUAACAAACUCAAAGAGAUUCCUAGUGUAACUUACAAGUUAACAUCUCUGACAACAUUAUAUCUAAGAUUCAAUAGAAUAGCUGUUGUAGAUCCAGGCAUUGGCAACCUGAAGCUAUUAGAGAGACUGAGUCUAAGAGAAAAUAAAAUCAAAGUCCUUCCUUCUGUCAUAGGUCAGCUUAUUCACUUGGUUACUUUAGAUGUUUCUCAUAACCACAUUGAACAUCUUCCUGCAGACAUUGGUAACUGCGUUCAUAUGACAUCGCUGGACCUACAGCAUAAUGACAUAUCUGAACUACCAGAAACCAUAGGGAAUCUGAAAGCUAUGACAAGACUGGGUUUGAGAUACAACCAAUUGUCGUCUCUACCUGAAACACUUAUCAACUGUAGUGGUAUUGAUGAAUUCAAUAUCGAAGGGAACAACAUUUCUAAUCUUCCUGAAAAUUUACUCCCUGCCUUGAAGAACCUUACAUCUAUUGCGUUAUCAAGAAAUCACUUUGAAGUAUUCCCUGGAGGGCCACCUAAACAGUUCUCACAAGUUACGAGUUUUAUAAUGGAGCAUAACAGAGUCCAGAAGAUUCCAUUUGGUGUAUUUAGUAAGGCUAAAUACCUGGGGAAGUUGAAUAUGAAAGACAAUCAACUUAGCUCUCUUCCGUUAGACUUUGGUAGUUGGACUAAUCUAGUUGAGCUCAACUUUGCCACAAAUCAGCUUACAAAGCUACCAGAGGACAUCCAAUGGCUUGUUAAUCUUGAGGUUUUAAUAUUAAGCAAUAAUCUGUUAAAGAAAUUGCCAAGAGGGAUUGGUGCUCUUAGAAAGUUGAGGAUCUUAGACUUGGAAGAGAACGCUUUAGAAUCACUACCCAAUGAAAUAGAAUAUCUUCGAAGUCUUGAAAGAUUCGUCCUUCAGUCUAAUAGUUUGAUUUCACUACCUCGUUCAAUAGGAUAUUUGACAAAUGUAUCAUACAUGAGUGCUGGUGAGAACAAGUUAACUACUGUUCCUCAAGAAAUUGGGAACAUGGAAUCGCUUGAACAACUUUACCUCAAUGACAACGAGAAACUAGAAUCUCUUCCUUAUGAAUUGGUACUUUGUGGUUCGCUGCAAAUUAUGAGCAUAGAAAACUGUCCGCUGAGUACUCUCCCAAGUCAGAUUGUUGCUGGUGGACCAUCUCUUGUGAUACAGUAUUUAAGAAUACAAGGACCUUAUGGUGGCAUGGUUGAACAAGAAGAUGAAGUAAGCACGUCAGAUGUCUAAUAAUAUGGGAACAGGUGGACUUUCACAUGACCAGCACAUGAUGUGUGCAUGAUUUCUUCUUAGAUUGCAUCUGAUUGGUGAAUGGAAGUCAGGUGACCAUCAGCACGAAGAUGAGGCUGCACAAGGAAUGUCCAUUAGCCUCAUUUUGAAGCAAGUGUUUGGUUACCAAGCAAGAUGUCAGUCACCAUUAUAAAUAUAGAUAGUAAACACAUAAUAUUAAAUAAUGAUGGAGAAUAGGUAAUGUACAGAGAUGCCAUUUGUACUGCAAAGCAUGAUGGGAGUUGAAAAUCCUCGAAGUUUUUCAUAUAAUAAAAUAAAAUGGAGUGAUAACUUAAGGCGGCUAAAUACGAGAUGCAAAAACCAUCAACUUGGUGCGCAACAUUGUUUCUGUUAAAGCUGAGUAUCAAAGUUUCUCGUUUUUCAUGCAUCGUCAACUUGUUAUGCAACAAAAAUACAUCGUGAAAAACGAAAAACACUGAUGCUCAACUUGAACAGAAACAAUGUUUCGCGCCAAGUUGAGGGUUUUUGUUUCUGGUAUUUAGUCGCCUUUACCUAUUGUAGAAAAUAAACGUUUAUAUGUAAAUAUAAUAGGCAAAAAUAAGUAAAAAAUCUAGGAGAUAAUGUAAUGGUGUGUAGCUUAGUGAGACACAACAUUUAUGUGUGAUAAACAGUUUCCUAAGCCAUGUUUGCUUUUCCUUUGCAAAAAUGGAGGCUGGGUCUGCAAAGAAAACAUGAAAACAGCUUUUAUAGGGAGAAUUUUGGGGGCUAUAAGAAGACUGAGGACUGCAAAUCACAUCAUCCCUUACUGUACAAUAUAGCAUUGCUGCACAUUGCCUAUUCACUUCAACAGUUAGCACUAGAAAAUAGUAUAAAACACAAUAUAGAUUGUCCAGAACCACAUAGUAAAAUGUGGUAUAUUAAAUUGCUAUAAGUUAACUUCUAAUUUUCAUUCUAUUUUUGUUCAAAUAUCAAUUAUACAAUACCAUACAAGUUCUUUCUUAUGUAUGCUGUCUGCAUGUCAAUGAAACGUUAUAUAACAAGGAUAAAAAGAAUUAAAUAAGGUCAUUGUUGCAAUGAAAGCUUGUGGAUAGUACAAUCUGGAGUGUAAAAAAGAAAAAAGAGUAACAUCGUAAAUCAGAAUAAAAGGUUUUAAAAGUGCAAUACAAAUAUAAAUGGUGGACAGUGCUAUGAAUGCUGUGUGUACAGUCAGUGAUGCAGACAGACAUGCAGAGUGACCCUGCAGGGUUUGUGCUACUCCUUGAAGUCCUUGAAAAGUCCUGGAAUUGAAAACUCGUUUUCAAGGGCCCUUGAAAAUGGGGAACAUCACUGAAAUUCCUGGAAAACUCCUUGAAUUUGAUAAAAUUGACAUGUUGCUUGUUAGCUUUUGGAUUAAUAUGGCUAUUUUUGAAAAUUCACCACUUGAAAUGUCUGCAAGCAUCAAAAAAUAUCUUCAAAAAUACGUUUUUGUGCUUAAAAGUACUUGAAAGUACUUUUUGUGCUUAAAAGUACUUGAAAAAUCCUGUAAUUUUGUAGUGAAAAUGUAGCACAAACCCUGUAUCCUGCAUGGUCACUGUAUUUAGUCUAUAAUUCCAAUGGUUUAAUGUCUUUAAUGACCAUCACAACUUGAUUUAACUUGACUAUUAUUUCUUCGAAGUGAAUACUCCAGUGACCAAGUCUGAUGUAAAGGUUGAGAAUGAGAGCACACUUUGUUAACUAGUUACUCAUGUCAUUACAAUCUGUGCUGCUUAUUUGUGAAUUAUUUAGAAGAAAGUCCAUGUGAUAUACAGGCAUAUAACUAUAAUCUUUACUGUCGACAAUGUAAAAUACUGUAAUUAGUUUAAUAAUAAAGUAUUAUUAAACGUU